AUGAAGAAUUUUCCCAGAUGUGACCAUACUCUGAUCAUCAUCGGCGCUGCCGUUGUCUUGGCCAUCAUCACAGCUAUCAUCUCCGCAAUUUUCCUCAAAAGACAUUGUGAAAGUCGCUCAUUGAACAACAUGCCGUGGCGAAUUUUCCGUGACGAUAUGCGAAUCGUGAACGAGGAUGAAGUGAAAUCAAUGCUAUCGUUGAGCUCGCAGCGAACGAAACUCUCGAAUAUGGGCAACAGUAUGGUCAAACAUCAUGCGAUUAUUGGAGUCAACACCCAUGCCACUUAUCAUCUCUAUGAGCAGAAUCGACCGAUCAAAUUCGCGAGACAGGAUCUCGUUUUGUUGAUGAGAAUGAAACAAGCCGUGCACGACAAUUUGAACCCAUUCCUCGGGAUGUCUUUCAACGAGAAAAAUGAGUUGUUGUUGAUGUGGAAAUUCUGCAGUCGAGGAACGUUGCAGGAUCUCAUCUAUAACGAAACUUUCACUCUUGACGGGAAAUUCCACGGCGCUUUCGUCAGGGAUAUUUGCCUGGGUCUUGAAUACUUGCACACGUCAAACAUUGGUUUUCACGGAUCGUUGACUUCGUGGUCGACACUCAUUGACAGAAAUUGGCUUGUCAAAUUGACCGACUACGGUAUUUCCGAUGCGAUCAGCCGCUGGGAAAAGCACGGAUCAAUUCAACUCGAAUCGCUGAAAGAUGGAGAGGAGAAGAGUGGAGCUUGGCAGAAAAUGGGCAUUCUCUAUGUGGCGCCUGAUAUGCGGAUGAAUAAUGACAAGAAUAAAAAACGUCGAAUGGAUCAAAAAUGGCUCGAGCAAACGUUUGAGCGCCGCCGUGCCGCUGACAUCUACUCUUUCGGAAUCGUCAUUUACGAGAUUCUUUUCAGAAAUUUCCCCUAUAGCGAGAAACUCAAUUUGGAUGAGUUGGCCAUAAAAGCCUCAGCAGGAGACAAAAUAGUUCGCCCGUCCGUUCAUCAAGGAGCACAGAUUCAUCCGGAUUUACUGGCUUUGCUGCAGGAUUGUUGGAGCGACACACCCGAGGUUCGUCCAACAAUUCGUCGUGUCCGUCUCUCCACUGAAUCCUACUUAAAAACAAAAGGCUCUCUCGUUGACUCAAUGAUGAGAAUGAUGGAAGAGUACGCGAAUAAUUUGGAGAAAUUGGUCACCGAGAGAACUGGAAUGUUAGAAGAAGCGAAUCAAAAAGCCGAUCGUCUUCUCUCACAACUUUUGCCAAAAUACGUGGCCAGUGAAUUGAAAGCCGGUCGAGCCGUUCCACCAAAAAUGUACCCAACAGCGACUGUUCUUUUCUCUGAUGUGGUCGGUUUUACAAAGCUCUGCUCUUCAUCAACGCCGCUUGAAGUGGUCAACAUGUUGAAUUCGGUUUAUUCAGGCUUUGAUGCCGUCAUCAACAAGCAUGAAGCCUACAAGGUGGAAACAAUCGGUGACGCCUACAUGGUGGUUUCGGGAAUUCCCGAAGAAAACGGGAAACGCCAUAUUGCGCACAUUGCCGAUGUCUCACUGGAAAUCAUGAAAUACCUAGAAGAAUUCGAGAUUCCCCACCGUAAGACUCAGCGUCUUCGCUGCAGACUCGGCUUUCACACAGGGCCUGUCGCGGCGGCUGUUGUUGGUCUUAAUGCACCAAGAUAUUGUCUAUUUGGGGAUACGGUGAAUAUGGCUUCUCGGAUGGAAAGCACCGGAGAACCGGAGAAAAUUCAAAUAUCACAAGCAGCCAAGGAUCUUCUGGGGCAAGAAUAUCCCGAAUUUGUCACAACAUAUCGUCACGAGAUCGAAAUCAAGGGCAAAGGCAUUCAGAAAACAUAUUUCCUCGACUUAAAGGAUCUCGAUUAUUUCAAAAAAAUGCGU